AGUAUUUUUAGGCUGUCUUCUGUCAUUUUAAAUGUAUUUUUCUGGUUUUCAGGACCUUUUGGCUGUUGGCUAUGGGCACUUUGGAUUUAAAGAGCAAAAAAAAGGAUUAGCUUGCUGCUGGUCAAUAAAGAAUCCCAUGUGGCCAGAACGUAUUUAUCAGAGUUCAUUUGGAGUUACUGCUGUGGAUUUUUCAAUUGGAACACCUAAUCUUUUAGCAGUUGGCUACCACAAUGGCACAAUUGCCAUUUAUAAUGUGCAGAACAACAAUAACGUUCCAGUUUUGGAUAGUAGUGAAUCACUACAAAAACAUUUGGGACCUGUAUGGCAACUACAGUGGAUAGAACAAGAUCGAGGAACAACAGGUGAUGACAAAAGAGAAAUACUAGUUUCUAUAUCAGCAGAUGGAAGAAUCGCCAAAUGGGUUAUACGGAAAGGACUGGACUGUCAUGAUUUGAUGCGAUUAAAGCGAACUACUUCUAGCAUCAGCAAAAAAGGAGGGGAAAAGGAAAAGAAAGGUGAAGCCUUGAUAUCUCGACAGGCUCCUGGAAUGUGUUUUGCUUUUCAUCCCAAGGAUACAAAUAUCUAUUUGGCUGGCACUGAAGAAGGCCAUAUUCACAAAUGUUCUUGUUCAUAUAACGAACAAUACCUAGAGACCUACAGAGGGCAUAAGGGUCCAGUGUACAAAGUAACUUGGAAUCCAUUUUGUCAUGAUGUAUUUUUAAGCUGUUCUGCAGAUUGGGGUCUUAUUAUAUGGCAACAGGAUAAUAUCAAGCCAUUUUUGAGUUUUUAUCCAACUACUUAUGUAGUUUACGAUGUUGCCUGGUCUCCAAAAUCAGCCUAUAUCUUUGCAGCUGCAAAUGAGAGCAGAGUGGAGAUUUGGGACCUUCACAUCAAUUGCCUUCUGGUGGGAGACAGUGAUGGACAAGUUGCUGUGUAUGAACUGAGAAAUAUGCCUACUGCUUUGGAUUCUGUCCGGGGAGAUGUAAUAGAUUCUUUGCUUGGAUCCAAGUCAAACCAACCAGGAUAAUUCAUCUUUGCUAAUGUCAUUUUUGUUGUUGUUUAAAGAAAAAGGAACAGUGUUUAAUAUCCAAUAGUUUGUAUUGUAUUCUGUAUACCAGAUUUUGAUUUUAGAAAAUUAUAUCCACUUAAAUUUGAUAUAAAUUUAGUAAACUUUAUUUUAGAGAUAUUUCAUUAAUUUGUGAUCUAAGCUAAGAGUUAUUCUAAUUAAGAGUGAGUUUUGUUAUAAUUUUCUUAAUUUUUCUAAAGAUAUUCCUACUACUUGGUCAUAUUUCAAAUACAUAUAAGUAUAUGUAUGUAUGUAUAAAAUGUCCAAAUAGGCUAGAAAAUUAUUAUUCCUUUUGAAGCAAAACUUAGAUAUUAUUAGAAUUACUUAAACUGAAAUCUUCAUAAGAAAAUUCCAUUGACUUUUAAACUUCUGCUUUCCAAGCUAUUUUCCAGGGUUUAUAAUUAUGUAGUUGUUAGUAUGAUGAGAACUGUGGAUUCUCAUAUCCAACUUUGAAUCAGAAUUGUAUUCUCCUAGAUCUGAGAGCUGAAGCUAUAGCACUUCCUUAGAUUACUUGACAAGCAAAAGACAUGACAGCAAAUACCAGAAUUGCACUGUUUAGCCAGCGGGCAUCACAUUCCCAAUUUAGUGAGAAAAAUUAAUCUAGGACACAUCUGCAUGCACAGAAUCUGCUCUAGAUUUUAAGCACAGACUUAAAUGGACCCAGACAGAAAAAAGAUUUGUAGGCCACACCAGGCUGUUAUUUUGUGAAGGGUUCUAGAGUAAAUUUGUGGAAAUGAAGAUGGGGAUAGAGGACAGUGACUCCUCCAAAUAUAGAUUGCUAGCAGGUUAUUUUAUGCACUUUGUUUUAACAAGUCCUGGGGUUGUUAACUGAGGCUGUAGGAUAUUAUGGCCUAUUCUAUAAAGCAUUCUGAGUAGAGAGGAAAGGAUAGGAAAUGCACUAAACUCACUGGGAAAAUACAUGUAUAUUAAAAGCCAAGAAUGGAAUCAGUGCAAUAAUGGAAACUACCUUUUACAAAUAUCUAUUGCUUUAUAUCUCCAUUUCUUUGGAGCCACCCUUUAAGGAAAAGCAACGCAAUUUUUAGGUGGAUUUUGAGCUUAGGUCAGGUUAUAAGGAUUAUAAAUUUUCUACUGGUAUAAGUCAUUGCGAUUAUCUUUGUCUUUCUGAAAGAUUGGACUUUCCAUAACAUUUUGUUUAAGAAAAUAAAAACUUGAUUUGAUUGAAAAAA